AUGGACACCGUACCGGUCACCGGCUUGGACGAGCUGGAUCAGCAUCUUGACCAGCUAGUCGACGAUCCAACCUUGACCCUCAACGCCAAGCUCUUUGACGAUGUCGAGCUCCAGCUCACAGAAAGCAACAUCCCUCCGCUAAUACCUCGCUUCCUACCCAAACUCACCACCAUCCUCAAGCAGUACCAGCAGGAUCCGGCCGUCCUCUCCAGCAUGGCCAUCAAGCUCCUCGGCCCCGUCUCUUUCACCCAAGUCCUCUCCCUCGCAUCCGAGGAGUCUCUGAUCCAAGCACUCCAGUCUCUUGCCCCGUCUGCAAACAUACUGGCCAUGACCGUCCUCGAGAAAGCAGCCCGCAGCCCCGGCGACGCCGCCAUAUUAUCCACCAUGGCCGACCUCCUCGCCGCCUUCCUGCGCAGGUGGCUGGCCGCCCCCCAGGUUGAAGUCGGAGAGAAAGGAGGCAAGGUGCUGGGCGACCUGCUCGACAUCGACUGCGAGCUGCCGCCGCCCUCACAAGAAGCCCAGCAGCAGGAGCCUCUGCCCCGUGUGCUCAGGAAAGCCCCUGGGCAGGGCAAGAUGUGGCGGCGGCUCUUCCAUGACCGGGACGUCUACAACCUCAUCAUCGCCCUCUGCUCCGGCAAGGACGCCGAGACAGCUGCCUCCGCACACCAGCUGUCUCUUGCGCAGGGGCGGCUGCUGCGCGUGCUGCCGCGCCUUGCGGCCCUCAACUUCCCCGCUGUCACCAAAUCCGACCUGUCCUCCUCCGGGCGGGGUCUGCUGCCCUUCGCGGCGCUGCAGAUGGUCGACAGGCGCGACAUGCUCAUGCACCUCAGCCUGGUGGACUUCUUCGAGGCGUUCGUCAGCAUCACACGCGUGACCGAGUACAGCUCGUACAAGAUCGAGACGAUACGGCAGCUGCUGCGGGAGGCCACCGAGGAUGAUAAUGUCUUGAAAGCGGCGCUGGAGAGCUUGCCGGACCGGACGGUCCCGGAGGAGGCCGACGCGCUGAGGAGUUGGCUGAGAGAGAUCAUGCCGCAGCAGGGGACGCGGGUGAGUGGGCAUUGGGAAAAUGGAGCAUGA